AAUGAACAGCAGCAGCAUGACGUCGUGCGUGUCUUGAUUGGAUAGGUGUGCUUAUCGAAUUUUAUGAGCUAAAAAAAGUACACAGUCAACUGCCCCAUUGCGUAAAAGCGUUGCGUAAAACACCGCUCAUAGUUAUAUGUUUUGAGUUCGCGACACAGUAAAAGGGAUUGGUGGGGCAUAUGUGGUUUAUUUAUUAUCAGUGUUAAAAUGUUGACAGAAACAGAAAGGAACUAGGUACUGAAUAAUCAGGGUUUGAUUCCACCAAACUCCAAGAUUUGGUAUCAAUAUUUUUGUCAUCUGUGUGUUUAUUAUUUUUUUAUUGGCCUGGAACUAUGAGAUCAUUUCUUAAGAAUUGAAGUGAGUCAAUCCAAAGAUGUCCUCCAUACUUGCAUUGAGAGCUUAUGGAUCAGACAGUAAUGAUUCAGGAGAGGAUGAAGAUGCAUUGACUGCCCAUCUCAAACCAAUCACAUCUUCAGAAAGCUUGACUUCGGUCAAAACGCUUCAGAUCUGCUCUGCUCCAACAGUAGCACCAGGGUCGGGCCUGGACAGCCGGCGGCACAUCGACCCCAGUGUGAAGGAGCUCGAGUACAACCCGCGCUAUGACGAGCUGUUCGCGCCCGUGCUCGGACCGGCCAACCCGGCGCAGACGCAGCAGAUGCGCGCCGAGCGCAACACGCUGGCCGGCUAUGUGGAGCCGGCUCACUUCAGCGCCUUCCAGUUCGAGAACCAGCGCCGCACAUUCACCAGCUUCGGUUACGCGGUGGACCCGAGCACAGAGGCGGUGACCGAUGACGGAGCGGCGCGCAUGGUGGGCGCCGCUACCGCCUCCACCAGCGCCGACGGCGCGCACACCGUCUUCGAGAAGCCCAAGGAGAAGCGGCCGCUCGACAAGCGAAAGCGCGAAAAGAAUUCUGACGCCAGCGACAUUGACGGCUACCUGGGGCCCUGGGGCGGAUUCGUCGACGAACAGAAGGUCAUGAAGCCCUCGGAGGAGGAGCAGGCCGAGCUGGACAUCAUCACGGCCAAACGUCAGAAGCGCGGCAAGCAGACGGACGACAAGCCGAUGGAGGAGCGCACCAUACUGCACGUCAAGGACGCCUACGACUACCAGGGCCGCUCGUACCUGCACGUGCCGCAGGACGUGGGCGUCAACCUGCGCUCAGAGGAGCCGCCCGAGAAGUGCUUCAUCCCCAAGAAGCUGCUGCACACCUGGCAGGGACACAGCAAGGGUGUGCACGCCACACGCUUCUUCCCCAAGUCGGGUCAUCUUAUUCUCUCCUGUGGCAUGGACUGCAAGAUCAAGCUGUGGGAGGUGUACAACCAGCGGCGCAUGCUGAGAACCUACCUGGGACACCGGCAGGCCGUGCGCGACAUCUGCUUCAACAACGACGGCACACAGUUCCUCUCGGCAGGCUACGACCGCUACAUAAAGCUGUGGGACACGGAGCGCGGCGAGUGCAUCUCCCGCUUCACCAACAAGAAGGUGCCCUACUGCGUCAAGUUCCACCCGGACGAGGACAAGCAGCACCUCUUCGUGGCUGGACUCUCCGACAAAAAGAUCCUCUGCUGGGACACCCGUUCCGGCGAGAUAACGCAGGAGUACGACCGGCACCUGGGCUCGGUCAACACUAUCACCUUUAUCGACGAGAACCGGCGCUUCGUCUCCACAUCGGACGACAAGAGCCUGCGCAUCUGGGAGUGGGACAUCCCGGUGGACAUGAAGUACAUCGCCGACCCGUCCAUGCACAGUAUGCCGGCCGUCACGCUCUCACCCAACGGCAAGUGGCUGGCCUGUCAGUCGAUGGACAACAAGAUCUGCAUCUUCUCGGCCAUCAACCGCUACAAGCUGCACCGCAAGAAACAGUUCACCGGACACAUGGUGGCUGGGUACGCGUGCGGCCUCGACUUCUCACCGGAGAUGAGCUACCUGGUGUCGGGCGACGCCGACGGAAAGUGCUACGUCUGGGACUGGAAGACCACCAAGCUGUACCGCAAGUGGAAGGCGCACGACGGCGUCUGCAUUCAGACCAUGUGGCACCCGCACGAGACGAGCAAGCUGAUCACGGCCGGCUGGGACGGCGAGAUCAAGCUGUGGGACUGAGCGCGCGCGGCCACCCGGCCCCGAUCGCUGUGCGCCUCCGAUCGCGGAGAUACGCGAUAUACACAUCGUUCGUCAUAUGUAUUUUCCCAGUGUCAUUGUCACCCGAUGAUCGCAGCCAUGUUACGAAUGCGGAAUACAGGAUGAGUGGCCCGC